AUGAGUUUCAAUGCUCAAGUGAUCAAGGAUGUGGCAGUUGACCCAGAAGCAUAUGCUUCAUACGUGUUGAAAGACGCUCCUCUUGGCAGAGACAAGAUUAAGGUAGCGCGCAUUCCUCGAGAAUCGUUCACGGCGUUCCGACUGAUUUAUGCAUCGCCAACCGAAAUUUCCAUGAAUUCGAGAACUGUACUUCUCGGUGGAGUGCCAAAGCUGUGGUACGUUCAAAGAACAAACGAUUUUCUUCGAUCUCUGGACAGAUUGACCAACAAAGGACUUUGGAAGCGAGUAGAAAUGGUACAACAUUACGCAUCCUCUUUGAGUCACCGUGAAAGUAAAUCCAAAGCGCGCCGUGAUUAUUGGAGUAGAGAGGAAUUGCCUGACGAGCAGGAACCGGAUCAAGGUAAGGCUUCUAGCGGUGUACAAGGUGAAUCUCAAGACAGACACGGUUAUACUGUCUCCAAAAUGGUAGCAGGUACUCAGGUACCUCUCCGGCCAAAGAAAGCACAAACGUUCGCUGCACCUACGAGUGGGCGCUCUGGGGCUUGGAAAAAAGGCCAUGGUCUGAAAGAACGGAGAACUUUCGCAACCAGCGAACGUCCAGACAUCGACACCACAAGUACGACAAUCACUUUAAAUCGAUCGAAUACACCAGCACAAGAUAGGUUUGAGCCCUCUCUGGAAUUGGAUGGGCGUCUCGCGGAUGGGACAGACGCCGACGAUUCGCUGUCAUGGUUUGGAACCGCCGAAAGCGAGCCAGAACCAAACAUUUAUAAUAUAAAUUCGACGACUAUCAGAUCAACAACUGAACACUCUUAUUCAACGUCUGGACAAGGCUCUAAACCGAACGCUUUGACCUCGUCACUUCGCGAAGAACAAACUGCUGACGUCAAAAUUUCACCUGAGCUUGCAAGCCUAAGGAAAGAAUCGAAAACCUCGAGAUAUAUUCCGAUGAGUGGUACUCGUCUUCCAUCACCGGAUAACAACUUUAGCGAUGCCGACUCAACAUACAGUUCAAUUUCGGGUCCGACUUUCAGCAGCAAACCUUUCGAUUAUUCAAGGAACAUUUUGCCGUUGGCCACUCUUGGACCAAUCCCUGAAAAACUAUCCAGAGAGGAAACAGAUUUAAUUUUGAAAUUAGAAUCUCACCAUAAGCUUUUGAGCGAAGUUAAAAGCUUGGUUUUCAGGACUGGCAAAGUUCUGCAUUUUGAUAAACUGCACAGAGAUAUAAGGAAAAUUGUUGAUACCGAAAUUCCUCUGCCGCAGCGAUUUUUCAAAAAAUACAAGCCUGGCGAAGUAGUGAAAAUGGAGAAAAUGCUCGUUUUAGUCAAGUCUGCCAUCAGCGCUAAGACCCCACCACUAGACUUUUCGGAACAUGAAACUGUCGAAACCAGGGUUAUUGAGAGGUGGAAAGAGUAUAUCGUUGUCGCUAGAGCUACUGGAAAACUUGAAACACCACUCUUUCUUCAGUUUUAUCGGCACAGAAAUAUACCAAGAUUUGCAAGGAUAAAUCGCCUUUUUGGCGAAUCGCAUAGCAGUUCAAUGGACUUUGUGUUUGACACCAGUUGCGUGACUGGAUUUUACAGCACUUUAGACAAAACCAUUCAUGUACUAAGACCGAGCGUCGAAGGCCUUAAUGCUCAAACAAGUGACGGUUCAGGAAAUAUAGACGCAUUCCGAAUAUACAUUUUGAGGUGCUCUUCGUCUCUCUCGGCAAGCGAAUGGCUGAACUUUUUCCAGUCUUCCGGAGGAAUUGAUAAUCGGGCUGAGAAUCUGACUGUUCAUAUUCCAGAUAUUGAUGGAUCGGUCUCUAUUCCUGUACCUGUUCAAUUCCAACAAGAGUUCAAAAAUCAAGCGAUGCAGGAGGCUGAGAGUUUGGAAAUUCUAAUAUUACCUAGGGGUUAUAAAGUUCUUCUUUUCCCAAUUCUUCGCUAUCUUGAACUUUCGAUUCAAGGUAAGCUGCUCGAAGCUGGUUUUAAACAGCAGGUGGAAAGUUGGAAAAGCGUAAACAUUAGGACAGGCUUUUGCUGGAAACACUAUGAUAGACUAGAAUGGUGCUCCGGCGACCAGUAUGAUUUACUUAUUGGGGCAUUCGCGUUGAGAGAAUCCCAUUUACUCGAAUAUAGGCGCCUUUCACAAUAUCCGAGGAACGUUGAACUGCCGGACGGUAAAAAUCUGACUGAGCCGCCGCCAAUUGAAGGAUUCUUGCUGAAGCUUACAGAUGGGAAUGGAAAUGAAAAGUUAGGCGCGUUGAGAAAUGCAUAUUCGAGGUUACUCUACUUUUUUACGUUAGACGGACUUCUCUUUUUCAUGCAAUACUACAAGAGCGUCCCUCCUCUUCCUCAAGAAGCCUACGGAGAGGAUCAAUUGUUGAAUCAUGAUCACGACGCUCUACAAAAGGCACUUCGAAAUCUACCGCAUGUUUUCGAACAAAAUCCAUAUAGUUUAAAUUUGGAUAGCCACAUAGCUUGGCUCAAUGACCAGCUACCACCGGAACAAUUUUGGUCGAAGGAUAAUUAUGCGUUUGCAUGCACAUGGAGAAAGUUUGCGCAAAUAGUUAAAGCAGAGGGUGUUAUAGACUUAUCAGGUGUGAUUAAGGUAUCAAAGGCUGCAAUGGAUAUGAACAAGAAAACCGAAAUGAGCUUAAAGGUUCUAUCUGGCGCAAACAAAUUUAUAUGGAAGUCGCAGAACACUGUUGAUAGCGCCUUGAAUUCUAUCAUAAUCCUAACAAUGCGGAAUGGAACUAAACUUAAACUGCUUGCGCCUUCUCCCGAGGUCUGCGACGAAUGGGUGCAAAGAUUACGCCAAUUAUGUGUAUAUUGGAAAUCUCGGAAAAAGGAAGACCUUCAACGGCAGUGGCAAACUAAAGUGGCUAAUCUGCGUAACCUUAAAAUCGAAGAAGCUGAAGAAGCUAAUGUUAGCGAGUCAACGCCCAAAUGGGUCACUGAUCGAGGAAUAGCUGACGAUAAGAUCUACAAUGUUAGUGCCCAGUCUAUGAUGAGACCUCUUAUGCAUACCGGUUUUCUUUACCAAAAGCCUCGGAAGCAUUCUGCUUUCAGGAAAUUCUUUGCAAUUCUCAUACCUGGUUUUGUCAUACUUUAUAAAUGCUUUACGAGGUCCAGAGGGAGAUCUUGCCGGAGAAUCACUGAUUAUAAGCAUCACUUGACUAUUACGAUUGAACAAUGCUACAUUUACUCGGGCUAUACAACGUCGAUCGACUUGUUGAAAAGAGAUAAGGAAUUUGAUAGAUUAAAUCCAGGUACAAAUCCGGUGCCGAGAAUUUAUUCCAACGGCUGGAGAUCAGGUGAAGAGGAGACCUCGAGAUGCUUCACGCUUUGGUUUGGUACUAAAAGAGCCAUUUCAAGUUUUGAAAAAAAAUCCAACGCCAGCUCGUUCUCCGAAGAUCGUUCCAACAACAUUAAAAAUGCCAGGGAGAGUUUGGGCAAAAAUGACUUACCAAAUAAUAAUGAUAGAGGAGACUCUCGUAGUGGCGUUAACACAGAAACCGAGAAAAAUUCAGAAGACGAUACACCGCAAGAUUGGGUAGAACAAUCUGCUAAGAACCCAAAUUUCUUAAAGCUAGUGGCGCGAUUAGGUGUUACAGGAAAGUCAAUGGUUUUCAUGGCAAAAUCUCGACAGGAAAGAGACCUGUGGGUCAUUAAAAUUAGUUCAGAACUUGAGCGACUAAAACACGAAUCAGUAGAAUCUUAA